AUGCGACUGUUUUUGCUCUUUUAUUUGAUUCUCGGAACAGCUGGGCAAAGAGAUAGGAAGGACAGAAAUAGAAGAAUACAGGACGAUGCAAUCUCAGAUUUCGAAGAGUUCGAAAGCCUGGAAGAUGUAGGAAACCUGAUUCGUGAAAUCAUGGAAGAAAAUCUUUUGAUAAAACGACGCGUAAACAGAGUUAUUCAAGAAAACCAAGAGCUCUCCGAGCGCGUCGCAUUAUUAGAGGAAGCCGUCGAUGAGCUCACAGAGAUGGCUUCGACGGAGGUCGCGGUGGUGCAAACAACGACUGAAGAAACGACCUCGACUACCACGAGUUCAACGACGACUACAACUACUGAAGCGCCUGUACAGGUUCAGACAAGGUUUAUUGACACAAGUUUGAUGGAAGAAAACUCGGAGAGAGUAGCAAAGUUAGAAGAAGGCGUCCUUAUCAUGAUGGACCAGUUGUCGACGCAUAACAACGCUUUGGAAGGCGUUGAGAGUGCUUUUCAAGCGCGCGAUAGUCACAUGCGAAGAGUUAGAGAAGAGUUCAACCAGUUCAGAGCGCAGCAAAAGUCCAUCCUCACCCUUCAAAGGAAUGCAAUCAAUCAAAUGGAGAACAAGUACAACUUCUUGGAACGAAAAAUUUCCUCGACGAAGAAGUCUUCUCCACCACGAUCGCUUUCAGACACGAUCGGACCUGUCUUAGAAAAAGUGUUCGGCCUCGCUAGAUCUUCGAUUUCAAAUGCUCCAGCUGCAGAAGUAGAGAUGGACUUUAUGCCGCAGAGGGAAUUCACGAACAUAGCUAAAGUCAUGUGGCAGUUGCCCACGAGCUGCGACGAGCUCCAAGCAAGAGGUUUAUCGGAAGAUGAUUCUGGCAAAUACCUGAUUCGACUUGAGAACUCAGAGAACACUAUUGGUGUCUACUGUGAUUUUGCAAGUGGGAAGACCAUCUUUCCAUUUGCAGAAGCAGGAUUUGAACCGCUUGUUAUCAACGCUGAUACUUGUGGCGGAGAAGACAAUAGUCCAUGUUUGCCUAAAAAUGUUACAUAUGGUUUUUCGGACAGAGAAAUCGACUCUAUUCAGUCAAGGAAUCAAAAAUGCAAAAAUAAUAUUCUCCAAAUAUCUUAA